AUGGAGCACUUCGACGAGUACAUGUUUACGGGGCCACCUCCACCGUUGGGGCCAAUGGUUCAGGUGCAGUCCCUGGCUACAAAUCUUCCAGCCGGAUGCGGUGCAGCGGAAAGCUACUGGAGCCUCAUUGCGACAGGUGGCGAGGCACAGACGGAGGUCUCGCCGGACCGAUGGGAUCCCUCCGUCUACUACGCACCCGACGAGGGCGCCGCCUCGCGUGGCCAGACCAGCACCAAGCACGCGGCCUUCCUCCAGGCCUCCGAGCUCUGGGAUCUGGACGCAGGAUUCUACGGCCUGCGCGAGAAGGAGGCGAAGCUCAUGGUUCCGGAGCAGCGCCUGGUUUUGCGCACUGGCUACCAGGCACUGGCGGAUGUUGGCCUCGGCGAGUCUUUGAAGGGAAGCAGAAUCAGUACUUAUGUAGGUGACUGUGCGAAUGAAUCUGCAACAUAUUGCCCAGCUUUGGAUGAGUGCCGUCAGAAUGGCACGCUCAGUGCAGCAACUGCAUCUCGGAUCUCGCACUUGUUUGGCUUGCGGGGGGGCGCUUGUUCGUUUGACACUGCUUGCUCCUCGUCAUUGGUGGCAUUGGGGCACGCCCAUUCACAACUACGGCUCGCACCCGUAUUUCAGGAUGCCCAAAGCAGGCAAUCCAGCGGUGCUCUAGUGAUUGGCGUUCGUGUGCUCUUCGGUCCCGAAGGCUUCGUCGGUCUCGGUGCCGCGGGCUUCCUGAGUCUUCACGGACGCUGCUUCACCUUCGACAGCAGCGCUCAGGGCUUCGGUCGUGGCGAGGGUUGCUGUUCCGUGUUUCUUGCCAGGGACGACCCGGAGGACGGGGAGGACUUGGAACUGCACUUGGCCAGCGUCUCUGGAAGCAGCGUAAACCAAGACGGGAGGAGUGCCAGCUUGACUGCACCGCAUGGACCCUCUCAGCAGAGCUGCAUACGAUCUUCCUUGCGCAUGGCCAAUGUCAGCCCGGACAAAGUGGCAGUGGCCGAAUGCCACGGAACUGGCACGUCCCUCGGAGAUCCAAUCGAGGUGGGUGCCCUGCGAGGGGUGAUGUACGACCGCCGACAGCCUCUUCUGAUGACCAGCUCCAAAAGCAAUGUGGGCCACGCUGAGUCCGCUGCUGGCUUGAAUGGUUUGGCCAAGUGUGUUCUCAUGCUUAUGACGUCUGCAUCGGCACCCAACGUCCAUCUGCGUUCCCUGAAUCCAAAUCUUGACACAAACGGAUUCCCGUGCUUGUACGAGAGCGAGUGCGUCGAUGCCGACCAAAACAGCCAGAACAUCGGGGUGUCGUCCUUCGGCUUUGGCGGAACCAACGCACGGGCCGACUUGUGGGGGCACUGUGUGCGAUUCUACAUCUUCAGGCGGAUCCCCGACUUCAAGAACUUCAAGAACAUGUAUCGCGCCCGCAUGGACAACCUACAGGCGGACAGCGCAACUGCCGACCGAAUGGUCGAGGAGGCGAACUAUGCCUUCUUCCUCAACACAAGAAUAUUCCAGGAGUUGGAUUCGCUAGCAGGCUUUGAGGCGGAACCUGUCCCGCCACCGGCAUCUGCGCCUGCCGCCAGCCAUGCUGAGGCUGCGGCCCGCGCGGCAGCGGCCGGCUGCCCGUUCGCCAGCUUGGCUGCGCAAGGCCUGGCAAUGCCAGACGACCACCCCGGCCUGGCAGACACAGAGAAAGUGGACAAGGAGCUUGCGAAAGCUCCGGAGCAGGAGGACAACAAAGCGGGCUGGAGGUUGGCCUCGGCUGCUGCUGUGAUCGCUCUGAGCGCUGGCAUUCGUGCAAUGUGGACGUGA